CUAGCAGAACCAAAGCUAGCUUGACCAAAAAGAAAAAAAAACCUCCAAUCCGCAAUGGAUUUCCUUGAAUAUUCUCCUCUUCUAUUGACAAUUUUUUGUUUCACUUAUUUUAUUACAUGGUACCUCCUACAUAGAUGGACAAAAACAUCAUCAGAACCAACAAAUUGGCCAUUCAUCCGGAUGUUACCAGCACUUAUUAUGAAUCUUCAUCGUAUGCAUGAAUAUGCGACUGAGGUUCUUAUAGAAGCUGGGGCCACUUAUGAGUUCCAAGGUCCUAUGUUUGCCAACUUGGACAUGUUUUUAACUUGUGAUCCUUCAAAUAUUCAUCAUAUAUUUAGUAAAAACUUCUCAAACUAUCCAAAGGGACCCGAGUUUCGUAAAAUGUUUGAUAUCUUGGGAAAUGGGAUCUUUAAUGUUGAUCAUGAAUUAUGGGAGUUUCAUAGGAAACCCACUUUGUCCAUAAUGAGCCAUGCAAAGUUUCAAACUUUGUUAGAGAGGAACAUGUGGUACACUGUCGAAAAAAGGCUUCGACCGAUUCUUGAUGCUUUUGCUGAGCAAGGCAAAACAUUGGAUUUACAAGACGUUUUUCAAAGGUUCACUUUUGAUUCUAUCACCAAGUUGUUACUUGAUCAUGAUCCGAGAAGCUUGUCCAUUGACUUACCUUUUUUGCCAUGUGAAAAGGCAUUCGGCGAUGCUCUUGAUGCUGUUUUACACCGACAUAUAAUGCCAGAAAGUUGUUGGAAAUUGCAAAAAUGGCUUCAAAUUGGUAAAGAGAAGAAGCUCACUCAAGCAUGGGAGUCUUUGGAUCAGUUCAUAUAUCCUUGCAUUUUACAAAAGCAAGAGGAGUUGAUGAAUAAAACCAUCAAAGACGAGGACAGUUUCACAUUUUUAACUGCCUAUAUUAGAAUGUACAAUUUAUGGAACAAAGGAGAUUUGGGUACUUUACAAAAAUUUCUCAGGGACACUUUCUUGAAUUUAAUGCUUGCUGGGAGAGACACCACAAGUGCAGCUCUCACUUGGUUUUUCUGGCUCUUGGCUGAAAAUCCCUCAGUCAAGACAAAGAUUAGAGAAGAGAUUCAGCAACAACUUCAUCUGAAAAGGGAUGAAAACGUCAAGUUUUUCAACAAAGAAGAAACACGAAAAUUGAUCUAUUUACAUGCUGCCUUGUGCGAAACUCUAAGGCUCUUUCCAUCAGUUUCUUUAGAGCACAAAGUCCCACUUGAACAUGACAUCCUUCCUAGCGGUCACCGUGUCACUCCAAAAACGAGAAUGAUUCUACCAUUCUAUGCAAUGGGGAGGAUGGAGACUAUAUGGGGGAAAGAUUGCUUAGAAUUCAAACCCGAGAGAUGGAUCUCAGAACGAGGAGGAAUUAAACAUGAGCCAUCUUUCAAAUUUAUAGCAUUUAAUGCGGGUCCAAGGACUUGUUUAGGGAAAGAAAUGGCAUUUGUUCAGAUGAAAAUAGUGGCAGCCACCAUCCUAUAUAAUUAUGAUAUCCAGUUAGUGGAAGCUCAAAAUAUCUCUCCCGCUACUUCUAUUGUCAUGCAAAUGAAACAUGGUCUGAUGGUUAGGGUCGUCAAGAGGGCAUAGCACAUAUAUGCAUGUAUUGGAAUACUUAUGAAGAUCGAUGUGUUUUGCUUGAUAUAUGGAAUCAAUCAACCCCUUCAGUUGAAUCAUAUUUUAGCUCUUUUAGAAAAUCCAAAUAAAGUUGUUUUCUUUCUUUACUGAUCUUCGUAGAGAUUUUUUUUUUCUCCAGCAAUAUGAUUGAAGUUUGUUUAGCCUAAAACAUGCCCACAUUUAAGCUACAAGAACGGCAGAGGAG